AUGGUUGUAUGCUUCGUUGAACGCCUCCUUUUUAGCUUUCUUGUGCUUGUAGUGGUAUGUGCCAAAGCUGGGCUUGGAAACACUGUGGGGUGCAUAGAGAGGGAGAGAGAAGCUCUGCUUCGCUUCAAACAUGGCCUUGUGGAUGACUAUGGCAUUUUGUCUUCUUGGGACACAAGAGAUUGUUGUCGAUGGAGAGGAGUCCAGUGCAGCAACCAUACUAGUCAGGUGGUUGGGCUUUAUCUUCAAGAAGGUAGUUUGAGAGGUGAGAUAAGUUCUUCAUUGCUUGAAUUGGAGCUCUUAACCCAUUUGGAUCUCAGCUUUAAUGAUUUUGAAGGGAGUUCCAUACCUCCAUUCUUUGCUUGUCUCCCCAAAAUCCAAUACCUCAUUCUCUCUAAUGCCAAUUUCACUGGACGUCUUCCCAGCCAAUUCGGAAAUCUUUCCAACUUGCUUUCCCUUGAUCUCAGUGGUAAUUAUCAUUUGCAUUCUGGAAAUCUUGAGUGGCUUUCUCAUCUUUCAUCUUUAAGACACCUUGACCUGAAUUCUGUUAACCUCAGUAAAGCCAUCCACUGGUCACAAGCAAUUAAUAAACUCCCUUCUCUCAUUCACUUAAACUUACAAUACUGUAGCCUCCCUCCCCUCACCACUCCGUCUUUUUCCCCUGUUAAUUUCUCUGUCCCUCUUGCCUUCCUUGAUCUCUCUUGGAAUGAUCUCACUUCUUCAAUAUACCUAUGGCUAUUCAACUUUACUACCACCCUUGUUCAUCUUGAUCUCUCUUUGAAUGUUGAUUUAAAUGGUUUGAUUCCAGAGGCAUUUGGGAACAUGAGUUCCCUUGAAUAUUUUGAUCUCUCCUCCAAUCAACUUCAGGGUUCAAUUCCAGACACAGUUGGGAACAUGGCUUCUCUUGAAGAACUCUAUCUCCAUGACAAUAAACUUGAAGAUGAGAUUCCAAAAUCCUUGAGCAAUUUAUGCCAUUUACAAAAGUUAGCUUUGCAAAGCAACAAUCUCAGCGGACAGCUUCCACAAGACUUGCUGGCUUGUGCAAAUGACACAUUAGAGAUUUUGUAUUUAUCAUAUAACCAAUUCACAGGAUCAGUUCCUGAUCUCAUUGGAUUUUCAUCCUUGAGAGUGUUAUAUCUUGGUUAUAAUCAGCUAAAUGGAACAUUGCCUACAAGUAUUGGACACCUUACCAAACUUCAAUGGUUGGAUAUUGGUUCAAAUUCAUUGCAAGGUGUCAUCUCUGAGGCUCAUCUCUUUCAUCUAUCUGACUUGCACACUUUAGACUUAUCCUCCAACUCUCUCACUUUCAACAUGAGCUUGGAGUGGGAGAGCUGCCUCAUUGUCAGAAACAAUGGAAAAGCUUGA